CGCCUGCCUUCGCAGACCUCAUCAUCCUCUCAGGUUGAAGGGAGCAUCCUCGUCCACAAGGAGGAAUCCGGUUUGUUUGCUUUUGUUUCCGCGCCUCCUCCCUCCGCCGCCGCCGCUGCUGCGAGCUCGGACACCAGCAGGGCGGGAGCAGAAGCCAUAAGAUGAAGAAACGCUAUGUGGACGCGAACAGGCUCCGAAAGAUGAAAAAACUGAGAAUCACGGAGAAGCUGUCUGAGAGCGCGUACACCUUUGUGAAGUUUAUGGUGAUGUGGACGCUGGUGCUGCUGGCAGAUUUCAUCCUUGAAUUCAGGCUGGAGUACUUGUGGCCAUGCUGGCUCUUCUUCGGGAGUGUGUACACCACUUUCCACUGCCACGGGCUGGUCAUUUGUGUUGUUUUCGUUUGUGCUGCCUUCACUCUGGACAUCUUUUGUUUAAUCUUUGUUCCUUUGCACUGGCUGUUUUUUGUGGCAAGCACUUACGUGUUAUUCAAUUAUAUAUGGCACACAGAAAAGGGCAUCUGCAUUUCGACAGUGUCCCUGUGGAUCCUUCUUGUGUACACAGAGGCUUCCCUUCGACUCAAAGAUCUUAAUACUUCUUAUCCCAAUCUGUCUCAUCUUUUUGCUGCACACUGCAUCGGAUACCCCGUAGUUUAUCUGGGAUUUGAUGCCACCUGCUACUUCACCAACGUUUUCAAGCUGCGUAUUCAGAAAGCCGUGCAGAGCGAGAACGACUUUCACAUGCACCUCCUUCAGCACUCGCUCCCGCCAGGUUUGCAGUUUUACUCCAAAACCGGCACAGAUGGCGGCAGCAGCUCUAAAUGGAAAAUCAGGCCUGAGUCGGGUCAGUAUCAGUGUCAGAAUGGUGCCAUGGUGGCCCACGAUGACGCACAUACGGUGGACUGCCUUCAGAUAUUCAGCGAGGAGAAACCAGCAGAGAAGGCACCACAGGAGGCCAGGCCAGCUGAAUUAAACCGACGGCCACUGCCGUCCAAACCUGCUGUGUCCGAGCCCAAAGAGCGGCUUCACUGUGGGGGAGGAGCCCCAGAGUCUCCUACAAACCUAGAAAAUCUACCUCAGGAGGAGCAAGGAAGCAAAGCCACAAAAGGGGCUAAGAACUCCUCACCGAAAGCCCGCAGAGGCAGCACAAACACUCCUUCACCACCUGGAGGAAAGUCGGAGAAGAAGCAGAGGUCGAGCUUCAAAACGAUAAGUCCCAGCAGGGAUGCAGCGGACAAGAGCACCACCGCUGCUCAGAAUUUCCACGCAGAACAGAUAAACAAGCUGGAAGCAGAGCUGCGGAGGCUCAAGGGGGACCUGCAGGCAAGUCGACAAAGUGAGCAGGAGCUGCGAAGUCACGUCUGCAACCUAACUAACAGCGAGAGGAGCCUGAGACCAGAAGUUUCCCUGCUCAGACAGUCCAACAUGCUGCUCCAGAGCAAGAUUCUGUGCUUGACUAAAGCCAAGCAGAAGGACAAGCAGACCAGUGCCAUGCUGGAGAGAAAGAGCAGAGCAGAAGCUGAGGCCAGACUCUCUGCUGAGAAACAGUUGGCCGAGCUUCACUCUCAGAAACUGGAGGAGGCGGCAAACGCCGCACGGAGUCUAACAAACAGACAGGAACACUGUGAAACCCAAAUGUUAAGGAAAAGAGUUAAAGAUCUAGAGACAGAGUACAAACAACUGCAGCUGGAGUAUCAAGUGAAAGAGAGUCGUGUGCUAGAUCUAGAGAGAGAUGUUGAGGCUUUGGGGAAGUAUCGCUGUGUGGAGAAAGAGACAGACAUGCUGCUGUCUACUCUGACAGCCAUGCAGGAGAAAGCUCAGCACCUGGAGUACAAUCUGAGCGCUGAAACUCGCAUCAAGCUGGACCUGUUUUCUGCCCUAGGAGACGCUCGCAGACAGCUGGAAAUUGCUCAAGAUAAAGUAAAGAAGCAGGACAGGGAGAUCCGGGAGAUGAAGCGGAAGAUCGCAGAGGUGAUGGCGGUUAGCCCCGACGUGUCGUAUGUGGCUCCUCGGCCACAGGUGCCUCAAUACCUCACCAAGCUCCUCAACUCUGAACGCUACAUGCUGAAUCCGCGGGCGCUGAUGUACCAGUGUCUGAAGAAAUGAGAGGCCGCUGUGCCGCUUUGACGUCACCUCACCUCCUCUCUUCAGGACCAAAGGAGGGCAUCACAGAGCUAAACGACACCAGAGGAGACCGUUCCAGACUUCAAAGGUCAAAUGCCUUCUGCUGCACUCUUGGUGCUACCUUGAUUUGUCACUCGCUACAUUUAGCUCCUCAAAGUCCAAUGGUUUUGCUCUAAACCGAGGAAUCCCACAUGUGGAACUACUUUUAUCACUAAAUUAUAAGUUUUGCAGAUGGACGGUGUGAUGCUGGACCUCCCUACUCGACUGAUAAGAAAAAAGAGUGAAACCAAAACUGUAUUUCACUUCUGUUCAAUUGUAAACAUAUUCACAUUAUUUGUACUUUUAGGUACGUCUACCUAGAAAUUGAAGGAACCAAAAGAAUACCGCUGCAGCUAUUAGAUAUUUGAUAAUCACUUUGUAAAGUGAGCAUCCUGACAUGUAACUGUUUUUGACACAAGUAUCGCAAUUGUACAUUUUUUAAAAACUAUUUAGAAAACGUCAUUAUUGAGUAUUUAAACUGUGGAAAAAUUUGAAAUGGAAAAUUUUCACAAAAGUACUGCAGGUUUUUACUUUUUAAAUUGUGGCUCCUGCUCUGCAUCAGGUAAAAGCAGCUAAAUGGAAUUCAGCCAUAAAUGAAUGUCAGACCUCUGCUUUGAUGAUGCAAACGCACAAAUCCCAAGUAUUUGGAAUUUGAAGAUGCAGCAAAUUUUGUAUCAAUGACUUCAAAAAGAACUUUUUAUUAAUUCACCAAACAAAUUUGGAAAAAGAAAUCAAUUUUUUGUGAAUUUCUGCCAUGAAAUGUUUCUAUUAAUUUGAUAAAACAUAGAAUAUUAGGUCCAAAUGAUGAGUCUUUGAGGAGAACAAGUUUUAAAGGCAAGUUGUUUGUAAAUAGGGAUUUAUUUAAAUUGUGCUGAAAUUCAGACAAAAAAAAUGGUUUUAUUCGAGUUUUCAAAUCGUAUCUUUAAAAAUGUGAUAAAAAAAUAGUUGAAGCCUCGGCUGCUGACUGGGACAGGAUACGGAGCGGAGGAUUUGUUGCUAUGGUAACCUGCUGAGGAGGCACAGUUUAAGGUGUUUCAUAGACAUUUAGGCAGUGAUGCUGUGUGAGGAGGCAAACUAAGCAGCUGUUGCUUCAUCCUUGAGCUAAAGCCGAACUAUAAAAGACGGUUCAUGGAUUUAAAUACUGUGCCUACAUACAUUACUUUCAAACUUGGAAGUAAAACACUAAUUUAAUGUGAAAAAGUAAUGUGUUUGAAGUGCUAUGUACUGUUUUUCUUUUAUCACAAUGUAGAAAACUGAAAACCCCACACAGCAAAAAAAAAAAAAAAAAAAAUCAUAAAUGGGAUGUGACCAUUUGGUAGCUUUUUAUUUAGAUUGUGUUUCUAAUGUGUUUUAUAUAAAAUCUAUUUUUUAGUCUUGCUGUACUUCUAUUUUACUGCUGUAUUUUGAUUUUCUAAUGUUUGUCAGCAUGAAAUGUGUGAGCACAUUCUAUGUACAUGACGUACAAGGGCUAUCAUUUCUAAAACUAACGUUUGCUAAUUCCAGCAGGGAAUUAGAUUUUGUAUGAUUUAAACUACUGAAUUUUGUGUCUGCGUGCACAUUAUUUCUCUUCAGUCUUCUACAAUGUAAAGUUUCGAUUUCAAAGAUAAAACUUGCUUCUUAA